CCCCUCUCCGAUCCUUUUCCGAGUCCAAAAAAAGGAGUCCGUAUGGGUAAGAAGCUACACUUGACGUCCCUCUUCUAUAGGAUGGCAGGAAGUAGGCCUUCCUCUUCUCCUCCUCCUUCAUGGCCGUGGCCUUCCUGCAAGCACCCGAAGACCCACUCCUUCAGGAAGGAAGGUGAAGUCUACGUCGACUUCAUAUCAGCUCCAGCACCGGAGAGCUUCUCCACGGUGUUGGAGGCUUCAGCCAGCGAUGCGAUCGAGGCGAUGAUUCAUGGACUAAGGUCCGACCGGCUUUUCUUCGAGCCGGCGGGCGCAACCAGCUCGAUAGUGGAGGCCGAGACGCGCAAUGCCGGGAGUACUACUACUCCGUUGGAGGGCAGCAUAGCCAUGGCAGUGGAUUCAAUAGACCCUUAUCUGGACUUUAAGCUGUCCAUGAAGGAGAUGGUGGUGGCUCACGGGGUGAUGGACUGGGAGUGGCUUGAGGAGAUGCUGGUUUGGUACUUGAACAUGAACGGGAAGAGGAUCCAUGGUGUCAUCGUUGGUGCCUUCGUGGAUUUGCUUCUGAGUCUUGCUUCUUCGUCGCCUCCUCCUCAUUCCUCUUCUCCCUCUUCCAUCUUUUAGAUGGAGG